CACGGAGCCAAUGCACUGACCACACAGAGCAUGUGGUCACGGUGGACAAGGCAGGGACGUGGACAAGGCAGGGACGCGGAACACACGGGGGAGCGGAGCAGGAGGAAAGCCGCGGGUAAACAAGAGGGAAUUAUUAACGAGGGGAGGCGGGUGCCGGGUCCUGCUCCUGCUGCUGGGCCGCUGUGCUGACACAAACACCCCUGGGGCACGACGCCUGGGGCUGGAGUCCCGUCCACGCGGCAAGGAGAGGGUGGCCGGGGCCUGCCGUUAGGAGCUUUUCGGGGAGCAGAAGUCAGGGGAAAGCUGUGGAGCCUGGAGCAGCGGCCUGUGGGGGACAGGGCCGUGGAGCGAGGACCCUGUCUUUCAUCACAGGCUCUUGCUGCUACUUGCGUUUUGGACCCGUGUCCAGGGAUUUCUGGUAAACCAAACGUGAGGAGGAAGACGACACGGGGGUGCCCAUGUGGGCGGUAGCUCCCGAGAGCUGGCUCUGGUCCCAAGGUCCUGCAGAGCCUGGGAUGGCACCUGCUCUCCAGUAGGCCUGGUCCCUGGACUGGUGGCAGCCCAGGCCUGUGGGUGCGGCCACCUCGCUGGGAACAGAGGUCACACCCGGCGGUGGCUCACCCGACUGUUUCCUGUUGGGGCACCUCCGGCCCCAGAGUAGACUUUGCCCUCCCCUGGGAGAGCCGUGCCCCUGGCUGGGUCCAGCAUCUGGGGUCCAGGGUCCAGGCCCAGAGGACGGGCCAAGAAGACCCAAGCCUGGGGCCUCAGAUCGGACGAGGCAAAGGAAGGACGGCACGGGACAGGUGGAGAGCAGGCGUGGUGCUGGCUUCGCGGCACUGUGGGCUCCGUGCAGCACCCGCGGUCCACGCCUUGUAGAAGAGAGGACUCAGAGUUUCCAGUCUCCGGGCUACCUACCCCCUCGGGUGCACUUGGCUUGGCCUGCAGAUAGAUUGAAGUCUACCAGAAACUCCUUUCUCGGGCCGGCUAAAUGCAGAUAAAGUUAACGUGGGGGUGGGUGAGCCAGGAUGGCACGACCCGCCCGCCCCAGCUGCCGGUGACUCAGAAUGUCCCCAGGAAUGUGUGGGCCGUCCUCCAGGCGUGGGGGUGGCUGGGGCUCCGCGGGCGGCCCCCCUCCCUGUCGCCAGGAGGCUCAGCCACGCGCCUCUCUGGGAUGGUUUUAGCAAAGAGCGUGUGUGCUGGGAGCGGGAGCCUGGCUGCUGCCGGCACCCCGACUGUGCUGUGGUUUAGGCCCCUCUGGAGCCCGGCCACCCCUCGGGGAGGGAUUCUGGAGCUGAGGCCUAGAACGUCCCAGAGGAAGCACUCUGAUGCAAGGUUGGGCGGCGAGUAUGGGAGGUAGGCCCGGGCUGGGACCUGCCUGGUGUGUCUUGGCACAGAUGUGGUGGCGUCCCUGGGGUCCCUCGACUCCAGACGCCCAGCGCCCACCGGCACAGGCCCGGGCACCUCUGGCUGCAGGGCCCCCGGGGUGGGAGAGAGCAGGUGACACCGUCACUCUCAGGGCCUUCGGAGAAACUGGGGCUGCACCCCUUCCCAGGUCUGCAGGCAGCGCGCCCCAAGGCACCGCGGUGACACUGAGCAGAGCCUCAGCCACCCGGGCUGGUGACUUGGAGACAUCAUUUUUCCAUCCGAACAACAGCCUUCCCCCCUCGCCUGGCCCUUGUAACGCAUACCAGCCGUGUUUGUGAAAAGGGUUCGGAUGGCGGUCCUGUUUGCUUUUCUUAAAAUUAAAAGGAAAAGCUAUAGAGUGAGUUUUGUCCGGUCCUACGAAGCUCUCGUAGGCUGGCGCCGGUCCCACUUGUCGGUCAGGAGCAGGAGCGCGAGACGGCCAUCCGUCCCACCCGGGCCGGGUCAUCGCAGCAUCGUGGCCCUGCGCCCGACCUCUGCCUGCGCCCUCAGGAGGUGGGCCUCCUUGUCACCCCGCCCAUUUGCUGGUUUGGAAAAAGCAGCAGAGGGCAGUGACGGUGGCCAGCAGCCCGUCAGGAUGGGUUGGUCGCAGCCAAGAGGCUGGUGCCCAGGACGCAGGAGGCUGGCGUUGGCUCUGGCUGGCCCCGAGUGGAAAGGUGGCGGUGGACCUGUCCACACCGGCAGAGCAGGGCACCCUCAGCCGAGAUGAGCCAGGCUGGGCUGAACACGCAGCCCACGGGUGCUUACGGACCUGGACACUGUGGCCACUCAGCAUGUCCCAGCGACACUCAGACAGCUCCUUGGAAGAGAAGCUCCUGGAAUACCGUUUCCACUCAGAGCUGCGACUUGAUGCCAAAGGGAACCCGGCGUCCGGGCUUCCGAUUGUCCGGGACUCCCUGCAGGUCAGGGACAAUGCCGCCUUCCAGUUCGACUCCUCAGUGCCCCCACCUCGGUCCCCUAAGGAGGAGGGGCCACGGGCCGUUGUCCUGAGCACGCAGAGCCCUGCGGCCCUCAAGAUGGGCACUCAGCAGCUGAUCCCCAGGGGCCUGGCCGUGUCCAGCAAGGCCAAGACCCCAGCCCGCCACCAGAGCUUCGGGGCGGCCGUGCUCAGCAAGGAGGCUGCCCGGCGGGACCCCCGGCUCGUCUCCGCCCCCAGCUUCUCGCUGGAUGACAUGGACGUAGACACGGGCCCCGAGGGGGCGCUGAGACGGAACUUGCGGAACCGAUCGUACCGGGCGGCCAUGAAGGGCCUGGGGGCCCCGGGCGGGGAGAGGGCCCCCAUCCAGCUCAGCCCUAAGCUCCAGGCUCUGGCCGAGGAGCCCAGCCCGUCUCCCGCUCGAUAUCCGGCCAAGAAUAAGAGGACACUGGGGCGGAAACGUGCACACAAGGGCUCCUUCAAGGACGACCCCGGGUUCUACCAGGAAAUCCGGGAGCGGGGCCUGAACACCAGCCAUGAGUCCGACGACGACUUGCUCGGUGAGCCGUCCAGCCCGGAAGGGACGGGAAAGGUGGAUACCCCCAUCGUAGUCAAGAGCUACCGGCCUGCCCAGAUCACCUGGAGCCAGCUCCCGGAGGUGGUGGAGUCCGGCCUCCUGGACGAGCUGCCUGCUGAGGAGCGCAAGAGACAGGAGGCCAUCUUCGAGAUCCUCACGUCAGAGUUCUCGUACCAGCACAGCCUGGGCAUCCUGGUGGCCGAGUUCCUGCAGUCCAGAGAGCUGCGGGCAACCAUGACCCAGACGGAGCACCACCACCUCUUCUCCAACAUCCGGGAUGUCCUGAGUGCCAGUCAGAGGUUCUUCGAGGCCCUGGAGCAGCGGCACAAGGCGCAGGUUUGCGUGGAGGACAUCAGCGACAUCUUGGAGGAGCACGCCGAGAAGCAUUUCCACCCCUACAUCGCCUACUGCUCCAACGAGGUCUACCAGCAGCGCGUCCUGCAGAAGCUGACAAACAGCAACGCUGCCUUCCACGAGGCCCUGAAGGAGAUCGAGAAGCGUCCGGCAUGCGGGGGUCUCCCCAUGAUCUCCUUCCUGAUUCUCCCCAUGCAGAGGGUGACCCGGCUGCCCCUCCUGACGGACACUCUCUGUCUCAAGAGUCAAGGCCAUCCCGAGAGAUACAAGGCUGCCAGCCGCGCGCUCAAGGCCAUCAGCAAGCUGGUGAGACGGUGCAACGAGGGAGCCCAUAAGAUGGAGCGCACAGAGCUCAUGUACACACUGCACACGCAGCUGGACUUCGGCAAGGUCAAGUCCCUCCCGCUGAUCUCUGCCUCCCGCUGGCUGCUGAAGCGUGGGGAGCUCUUCGUGGUAGAGGAAACUGGGCUUUUCCGAAAACUGGCCAGCCGGCCCACAUGCUACCUGUUCCUGUUCAACGACGUUCUGGUGGUCACCAAGAAGAAGAGUGAGGACAGCUUCAUGGUACAGGACUAUGCCCAGGUGGACCACAUCCGGGUCCAGAAGAUGGAGCCCUCGGACCCCUCUCUGCUGGGGGCCGGUGGCGGCAGCCGCAGCUCCUCAGUGCCACACCCCUUCCAGGUGACCCUGCUACACAACAGUGAGGGCCGCCAGGAGAAGAUCCUGCUGUCCUCCGACUCCGCGAGUGACCGGGCCCGGUGGAUCACGGCGCUCACUCACCAGGAGAGGCAGGGCCAGGGCCCCACCAACAAAGGAGACCUGCUCCAGGUAGAGAUCACCAGGGCCUACUUGGCCAAGCAGGCGGACGAGAUCUCGCUGCAGCAGGCGGAUGUGGUCCUGGUCCUGGAGCAGGAGGACGGAUGGCUCUACGGCGAGCGGCUGAGAGAUGGGGAGAUGGGCUGGUUCCCUGAGGACUUUGCUCGGUGCAUCACCAGCCGCAUGGCCGUGGAGGGCAACGUGCGCAGGAUGGAGCGGCUGCGUGUGGAGACGGAUGUGUAGCCUGCUCUGCCCGGCACCUAGGCCGGGCUCUGCUUCCAGCCACACUGCAGUGAGCGGCCUGGCUCCUGAAGCACGGUGGGCUUGUCCCAGGAGCCUGAACAGUGCAAGAGGCCCCGUGGUCUGCAGUGCCGGAUCCAGACUGUUCCAGGGGGGAAGAUCACACGUGCCGCCAGCCCCAAGGAGCACCCUCCAAGCCAGCUCUCGGGGCCACGGCGGCCUGAGCCCUGGCCAAGCCCCAGGGAGGAGCCCCGCCCCUCCCCCAGCACCCUGUGCAUCCUCCAGGCGGUUGUGCAGGGCUCAUGACGCAGGAUGCGGGCCUGGCUCCCUCCCUUGUCCCCAUGUGGGACAGAGGGCCUGGGUGUCCAGGGUGGCCACACUUCCCGAGAGGAGGUCUGGCUGGAGGGAGGUGACCCUGCAGGGCCAGUGCUGAGAUGCUGAGGUUUUCAUAGACAUUAAAGUAUUUCUUUAACA